AUGAGCAUUCCUACAACAACUGAGAUGAACAGAAAUACCAGUGCAUCGAAUAAAUCAUCAAGUCUACUGAAUUGGAGAAAUACAAUCUCACAUUGUGUUCGAUUGUAUAUGGAACGAAAACAACUUGGUGAUUGGUUCGAUAUAUGUGAUAGUAAUGAGCUGCUCUCAUCAACAUGUGUUUGGAGGACAAAAUCGAUUUGUACAACUGGAAAUACGAAUCCAUUCAGAAAAACAUAUUGGUUAAUAUAUGAACGAUCUCCUUUCGCAGGACCUUACAUACUACUCAGUGCCAGUAAAUGUAUUGACGAUAUAAAUCAGUAUAAACUUUCGGCAACUAUGUCAAUACUGAUCUGUGUGGAGAAAUUAACGGCAAAAUGGGAUGUUGUCGUUUCUUGUCAAUAUCCAAAACGACCAUGGAGGGAAUUUUUCCCAGUAAACUGGCACUCUGAUGAUGACGUCAUAUCUAAAUCUGGAACGGAAUCAGCUGAUGAAGCAGAAGCUUCCUCACUGGAAGAAACAAAAAGUUUGGUAGAUCUACAGAAGAACAGUGUCAACAAUAAAUAA